AUGAGUGUAGAGAGCAGCGCCGUCUUCGGCGAGGCCUCAGAGACUGCCGAUGCCGCGCUUGAGAUCCCUCGUUUAGACAAAAUUCCAAACCCUCUUGCUCCAAUAAGUCCUACUUUUUCUCCAGAGAUUGAGGAAUUUGAUUCUGAAUCAUUCAAUACAUAUUCAAAAUUCACAAAAACAAUACUUCCUAAAUUUGACCUUGCAACUCUCGAAGAAGCACAACCAGUUGUGGAUCAUUUAAUAUCAAAAUUAGAGAAUCCAAAAAUAUCAACUACAUAUGUAGAACUUAUGGUACAUGCUUUUUUGCUUGCAUGCUCCUAUAAGCAAACAGAACUUAUUUCAAAUCCAUCUCUCACAAGAUUGUCAUAUUUGCAUCAUAUUCUUUAUUUAUGCUCAGAAGCAGUUCAUAAUUGUUCAAAACUUCAAGUAGAUCUAUUCGAACAUUGCAACAUGAUGAUAGCUGAUACAGAAGAUCUUUAUUACUCCAACUUUUGUGAAAUUGUCGAACAUAAAUUCUGGGUAAAACUAAAUCUGUCAAUGAUUUAA